AUGUUGGCAACCGUAAAUCCUUACAGUAAUGGCUCAGCAAGCGUUAACAAUCAUAUAAUGACAAUUACUGAUGUCACUGAUCAGGUAGGCAUAUCAAGCAAGUUUGCUAAUUAGCU